GAACAGGUUAUGUUCUGGCCCCACAAUCACAGUAGGUGAUGGUUAGGUGUCGGGAAAUCAAGUGGACCCCACUCGAAACUAAAAAAAUACACUGACAUUUGGACCAGCCGCCGGCGGACCGCGAUGUUGUUGAGUUGAGUGACUCUCUUUGCUUCUGCUGUAUUUUGCUGCAUAAUCAAAUUUCAAUCUUCCAUGGCGAAGAAACCAGUGAAAUACUCCGUGGUGGAUGCUUUCACUGAAUCAGCUUUCAAGGGAAACCCAGCAGCGGUUUGCUUGUUAGAAGAAGAUAAAGACGACCAGUGGUUGCAGGCCGUGGCCUCCGAGUUCAAUCUAUCCGAGACUUGUUAUCUGACUCGGGUCACCGAUUCCACGCCUACUUCAGCUCCUAGGUUUGGUCUCAGAUGGUUCACGCCUUCCAACGAGGUUGAGCUUUGUGGUCAUGCAACAUUAGCGGCUGCAUACACUCUCUUUAAGUCUGGUUUGAUAAAUUCCAACUUUAUUGAGUUUGCUACAUUAUCUGGAAUCCUAACAGCUAAAAAGGUUCCAGAUGUUAAGACAGCCAAUGGUUCAAAUAAUAUUCAAAAUGGUGAAGCACAAAAGUCCUAUUUCAUUGAACUGAAUUUUCCUGCCGCCCCAUCUUAUGAAUUCAACUCUAGUGAGGUUUCAUUGAUCUCCGAGGCCUUGGAUGGUGCUUCUAUGAUUGAUAUAAGGAAGACACAUGUCACCGACGAUCUACUUGUUGUGCUUCCAUCAGCAAAAGCUGUGGUAGAUUUACAGCCAAAGUUUGAUGCGAUCCAAAAAUGUCCAGGGUCUAGGGGAGUGAUUGUAACAGGGAUUGCUCCUCCAGAGUCUGAAUAUGAUUUUUACAGUAGAUUCUUCUGCCCUAAAUAUGGGAUUGAUGAGGAUCCUGUUUGUGGGAGCGCACAUUGUGCCUUAGCAUCAUACUGGUGCAAAAAACUGGGAAAGUCUGAUGUUUUUGCAUAUGCGGCAUCCCCUCGAGGCGGAGCAGUAAGCAUGCAUCUAGAUGAGCAGAAUCAAAGGGUGCUGCUGCGAGGGAAAGCUGUUACUGUCAUGGAAGGAACUGUCUUAGUUUGAAGUUUGCCAAGUACAAAAAUUUGAAAUAAAUGACUCAAUUGGUGGAAGACAAAACAAAACCCCCCAUUACAUUUGAAUAAAAAUUAAUAUUCGAGCUAUUUGUUUUGAUUAUUGUGAACUUUGCAUUCUGAAUUCUCCAUCUUGGCAUCUUGAAAGGUCAGAUAUGGUAAUUCAAAGCAAACAAAUCUUCUGACUGGAUUUUAGCCAUUUGAGGGGAUUCAUAUCCUUCCCUCUUUAUGCAAAUAUCUUGUCCACGUGAAUUUUUGAGAUUCUGCAUAACAUGUGUUCAAAUAUUUGCCUUCAACUUAAAAGCUGUCUGCAUGUCUGAAAAUCAUUAAUUAAUACACUCAAUCAAGAAAUUACACCCAAUUUAAGACACAGGAUACGUUUGCAUGUUUAAAUACCCUUCUCUCUCAUACCUUCAAAGCAAACUGCAACACAUCUGAGAUAUCUACCAUUCCUAAUUCCAGGGCUAAUUUCAAUGGCCCAUGCUCACUGUUCUCAGCCAGACAUUACAAAAAUAAACGUAGAAUGCCACAAGUGUCAAGAGAAGCUGAGGAGAUUUCUGUCAAAAUUUCAGGGAACCUAUUCUGUUAAGUUCGAUGCGGAAUCAGGAAGACUAACAGUUGAAUCUACAGCAGACAAGCAAGUGUUCAAAGAGGCAGUUGGGCUUGUGUGUGAGGAUACUCUGCCACAACCCCAUCUGCACAAUGGCAUGCAACACAAUGCUAGCAGAAGCCACAUUUCCAAUGUAGCAGCAGCAGGCAAUGGUUAUGGAGGAGCACAAGAGGGGCUUGAGAUUAUAAGAUGGGCUCAAAUGGCAGAGCUCCAAAAAUUGCCUAACUUCCACAAGCUAAGGAAGCUGGAACUUACCCAGUCUGGGGUCGACAGAAGAAUCAAGCUUACCUUCUUCAAUGACCACAAAAUGGAUGGUCAGGAUCAACAGAUUCAUAUAGUCAAGGAUGAUAGGCCUCAUGGUGGAGGAAGCUGCAGCAAUGUUAAUAAUAUUGGGCCCUCUGCAAAUACUGCAAUGUCCAAAAACAAAACUUGUUGCUCAAGCAACCAUGGAGAUCAUCAAGGUGGUGAAGGAAGCAGUUCCACGAGUACUUGUGACGGUGGUAGCAACCAUAACUUUGAAUUUCAAUAUGUUCAUACUUCCGAAGGGGUACCGACGGCAGCUGCGGGCAAUAAUAUUGGUUCACACACGUAUUUGAUUCCAAACUGCCAUGAGCCCGCCGUGACCGUCAAACAUGCGGCGGUCGGAUGUGAGGAUGUGAUCGCAAGCAAAUGCACCAUCUUGUGAUCAUCCCCAAGAUCUCCAUUGCCAAUUUCCAUGACUGAUCGACUUUUCUAUAUAUGCUUCUCAUUAGCUAUUGGAGUUCUACAAUAAAAUACUAAUCAAGUUAUUCUUGCUAUAAGACUAGUUAGGUAGCUACUGGGGUGAUAACUUUUGUAAUUUCCUCUCUUUAUCUGAAUUACCAAGAUGAGUAAUGCUCGGGAGAUAUGAAAUAAAAUCUCAAAUUUCAAA